AUGUGGCCUUCAAAGCCUAGCAUUGCCACUACCAGGAUCGGAAGGACGGUGCUCUGGCUCGCAAGCGCGAUCCUCCUGUCUCAACAUGCCCUCGCAGACUGCGAGUGCGGCUACUCGACCUCAGUUAGCAACACUACAGACACACAGCAGCAACAACAACAGUCUUUUGUCUUCACCGACCUCAUAGAGGCCAACUUCGCAAACGUCAGCGACAUCUCCAAGAAUACGGACUGGGUGCGGCAGGAAUUCAACACCAGCGCGACGCAGGCGCGCGGGACCUAUGGGGAGAUGUUUGCUGUGGACAACGUCGAGGCGCGGGAGGGAGGGGAUGGCUUGCAGAUCACGGUCCGGAGCGACGUGGUGGAGGAUAUGCUGAGCGGGGGCGAGAUCGACUCGGCCCGCCUGGAUGUGUUUUAUGGCUCGUUUAGAAGCAGUCUGAAGCUGACAGAUGUGGGUGGGACGGUAUCGGCUUUCUUUUGGUAUUUUAAUGACACCCAAGAGAUCGACAUGGAGUUCCUCUCCAAGGAUUUCCGCACAGAAAACUCCAGCUACCCAGUAAAUCUCGUCCUUCAGUCCCCAGCCGCCGCACAGGCAGGCUUCGACGCCUCUGGCACCGACAGCCACAAAGUUGUCUACCUCCCCUUCAACCCAAGUGCCGACUUCCACGAGUACCGCUUCGACUUCGUCCCGGGCCGCGUCGCCUUCUAUGCAGACGGAGCGGUCCUGGCGGUCAUGAACGACCCAGCCGCUGUCCCCACCACGGCUGGCCACCUUUCCCUCAACCAGUGGAGCAAUGGCAACGCCCUGUGGUCAGGUGGGCCGCCUGCGGAGGACGCGGUUAUGGACGUUAGGUAUGUCAAGGCGUACUUUAACAGCUCCCUAAAAGCGAGGCAGGGCGACUACGCGGCGAGGUGCAAGGACCCAGCGGCCGCGGGGGCGGUAUGCGCGAUACCGGCUGUGACGGCGGAUAAUGACAGUGCGGCUGGGUACUUCUUCACUGGCCAGAAGAAUAUGACGGAUAACCAGACAGUUUCUUCUGAUAACGGGGUGAGCGGUGGUGAUGAGAACGGGGCUAUUGGGCGACUGGGCUUGCAGUACUUCACAUGGAUGUGGGUUGCUGUGUCUGUCCUGAUGACCGGCUGUGGGGUUCUGCUCUAA